AUGGUCUCAUUCAAGCCCCCCGCAAAAUACAAAGCCGUCGCGGUCACCAGCCUGGGCGUCUUCGAAACUAUCGAGAAGGAAUGGCGGGACCCUGGGCCUGGAGAGAUUGCAGUGAAAGUACUCGCCUGCGGCGUCUGUCGCAGCGACGACUUCAUCAAGCAGCAGAUAUUCCCCACGGGCUUCCCCAGAGUCCCGGGGCACGAGGUCAUCGGGGACUGUGUAGCAGUGCAUCCGUCUGAGAAGCUGUGGAAGGUAGGCGAUCGCGUGGGAACCGGAUGGCAUGGAGGACAGUGCAACAUUUGCGACCGUUGCAGGAUCGGAGACGUCGUGACUUGUGUAAAUGAACAUGUCAAUGGGAUAUCCGCCGACGGGGGAUGGGCCGAGUACGUGAUCCUGAAGAGCGAAGGCAUCGCACGCAUCCCGAAGGACCUUGACCCAGUAGAGGCGGCCCCACUUCUCUGUGCAGGUGUAACCACAUACAAUGCAAUACGGCACAUGGACAGAAAGGCAGGGGACGUAGCCGCCGUGCAAGGAAUCGGUGGUCUUGGACACUUGGCAGUCCAGUACUGCCGAGCGAUGGGAUUCCGGACUAUAGCGUUGUCUUCAGGGGCGGGAAAGGCGGAGGUAGCUCAGUCACUCGGGGCCCACGCCUACUUGGACGGUUCGAAAGUAAACCAAGCAGAGGAGCUGCAAAAGAUGGGGGGCGCAGACUUGCUGGUCUUGACUGCACCAUUCCCAGAGGCCAUGGCGAGCUUAAUCAUGGGGAUGAAACCCGGCGGAACUAUCCUGAUUCUCGCAUUGACGGCAGAUACCAUAAACUUACCCAUUCAUAUCCUCGUGCCGCAGAAACUCUCGGUCCGAGGCUGGAAAGUCGGCUCUCCAAAGGAUUGCGAGGAUACCGUUCGUUUCUCGCAGAUGACAGGUGUCAAGGCGCAGGUGCAAAAGUUCUCCCUGGACGACGCGGUUAAAGCCUUCAACGGGAUGAUGGACGGCAGCGUGAAAUUCAGGGCUGUCAUUGUUCCUUGA